CUGUUCACCUUCCAUCUCUAGACUCCCUUAUAUAUAUAUGUCCAUAACACAUUAAACAAGAGCAAAAGAAACACAAUUAAAUUUGGUUCUUCUUAGCCUUUUUCAAAGCCAAUUCAUGGCGCAAAAUAGCAAAAUCAUCCCUCUUGCACCACCAAGAAAAUAUCUCAACAGUGAUCAAGAGAUGAAUCUCAGUAAACCUAUCAAUUUUUACAACAACAACAAGAAUCAAAGAAGCAGCAAGUGUUUCGUGCACUUCCUAUCUACUAUCGUCUUAAUAAGCAUAGUCAUGCUAAUUUUCUCGAUGAUAUUUUUGCGUUUCAAAUCUCCAUCUUUCGAGCUCGACCUCAUCAACGUGCAAAAUCUUCGAUUUACAAAUUCUACCAAUUCGUCUUCGUUUAGCAUGAUCAUGGGAGCUGAAAUCAUCGUAGACAAUGAAAACCUUGGUCGAAUUAAUUUUCAAGAUAGUAGCUUGAGUGUUUUUUUGUACGAUAAUAUUACGAUUGGUUUUGCGAACAUUAACGUUGGUCGGGUCGAUGCUAGGAAGUCCAAGAGAAUGGGAAUAUCAUUCCAAGUGAGAGCUAAUGAUCAAUUGAAUCAUAGUAAUUGGAAUUUGAGCACUGAUAUAAAUUCAAGAAUGGUGAAAUUGACAAGUUUUGGUGAGUUUAGGGGAAAAGUGAAGGCUAUGAAGAUUAUUAGUAGGCAUAAAAUUUCAUUGAUGAAUUGUACCAUGAAUCUAAAUUUGACAAGCCAAGCAAUCCAAGAUCUCCUCUGCAGUUGAUUUAUUUGCUUUCUUUUGUGUAUAUUUCAGCUUGAUUUAUAUUUUCUUUUUCUGACUCUUUAAUUACAAGAUUUCAUGUUUAUAAUAUAGAGAGCACACUGAAGGCUUUUUCAUAA